GUUGACGGUUUGUUUGUUACUCUGUUUAAAGAGUAACAGAGGAUAAAACUCUUUUCUCUGUUCUGAUCUGCUUCCUCUUCACUUCGAUUCGAUUCAAAAUCGUAUUUCACUACCUCCAUAACCGAUACAGCCCUAGCUUUGAUCGAGUACCUUCUCUUUCAAGAUUUCACCAGACCAUACCUUCCAUCUUCUUGAAGGUGAUGUGAGCAAGAUCGGCGAGAGAUCCCCGAUGUCACUUUGUUGGCUGACAGCCAGAUCAGCCGAAUGAGCUUCUGUGGAGAUCUUCGUCGGAUCCUAUGAAGAGAACGGAGUCACUCAAAUGUCGGUGAAAUCUCCACCGCUACCGGCAAACGACCACAUCUUGUGACGGCGUUCUCCAAAUAGCAAGCUGCGACGACAACUUCUUCUCCAACGGAAUUACAAACUGACGAUCAUCUCAAACGACGUAGUGCAUUAAAUUGUUCCUCAUUGUCGAGAUAGGCGUAUGGGCUGAGAACAAAUUAGUGAGAGAGAUUUUGAUUCCCGUGAUAUUACUUUCCUGAGAAAGUGAAUAACACUCUAUUAGGUUCUUCAUGCAUGACGAAGUUCGAAUAUAAAAGCUAAUUAUAAUAUCAUGAAUUUCCUUAUUGGAGCUUUUAAGCAGCCAUGUAAUAUUUCGGUAACAUUUGCUGAUGGAAGAAACCGCAAGCAGGUUCCCUUGAAAAAGGAAAACGGUCAAACAGUUAUGGUUCCUCUCUUCCAAAGUCAAGAAAACAUUGUUGGGGAGGUUAAUAUAGAACCAAUAACGGGGAAGAAGCUUGAACACAAUGGUGUUAAAAUUGAGCUCCUGGGUCAAAUAGAAUUGUAUUUCGACAGAGGCAAUUUUUAUGAUUUUACAUCUCUAGUGCGUGAGCUUGAUAUUCCCGGUGAAUUUUAUGAGAAGAAGACAUAUCCAUUUGAGUUUUCAACUGUUGAAAUGCCAUAUGAGUCAUACAAUGGAGUGAACGUACGGCUUAGGUACAUAUUGAAAGUGACAAUUAGCCGAAACUAUGUAAGCAACAUUGUGGAGUGCCAGGAUUUUGUGGUUCAAAACUACACUCCACCUCCAUCAAUCAAUAACAGCAUUAAGAUGGAAGUUGGAAUUGAGGAUUGCCUACAUAUCGAGUUUGAGUACAGUAAAAGCAAGUAUUACCUGAAAGAUGUCAUACUUGGGAAGAUUUAUUUUCUUCUUGUGAGAAUCAAGAUGAAAAAAAUGGAGCUCGAGAUCAGGCGGCGAGAGUCUACUGGAUCAGGUCCUAAUACAUAUGUUGAAACAGAGACUCUGGCAAAAUUCGAGUUGAUGGACGGUACUCCUGUGAGAGGCGAAUCAAUUCCUGUUAGACUAUUUCUCAGUCCUUGUGAACUUACACCAACAUAUCGCAAUAUCAACAACAAGUUUAGUGUCAAGUACUUUCUUAACCUGGUUCUGGUCGAUGAAGAGGAUCGACGGUAUUUCAAGCAGCAAGAAAUUACAGUGUAUAGACUACUUGAAAGUUAAACGUCGUGGAACAUCUCCACCCCCUCAAACAUGAUGCAGAGAAAAGAGCAGUAUGAUCAUUGUCAUCGAUUUGUCAAAUAUUUCUUCAGCUCGUCAAAGCGCGAAGCUGUGGUUUCUAUUUCGUUUGAUUUUUGGAUUUGCGAAUUCUCGUAUGGGUGAUGCUUAUGGCUUUACUUUCUUGAUGAAUCAAGGCCACAAGAGAAAAUUUUCAUCCUUGGUUUUCAUGUUUUUACGAGUCUUCACUAUCUGAUAGCCAUGUUUGAAAUCCCCAUUUACGAUCACGUAGGAAAAAAAAAACGAUUGGAUAUGCAUGUGAUUGAUGGCUGAUUGACUUUUGUCAAAGGGGCAGAUGCGACAUAGGUCUGCUCCAAGUGGGGCAUGCCACUUACUCAAUUCAGUGAGAUAUUUAGGCAAUAUGCUAUGAUUUUUAAUGUUUAAUUGACUUUUGUCAUAAGUACUAAAAUUAUUAUAAAAUAUACCAC